AUGCAGGAAUUCGAGAUCGAGCCAGCCUUGCUAUCUCAGGCAGACGGCCAGACAGUCAUUGUAACUGGAGCAGCAAACGGGAUAGGAGCCGCUACCGCGACACUCUUUAACCAUCAUGGUGCAAAUGUCAUCCUUUCCGAUCUGGCAUCUCUCGAAGGGACAGCCGCAGCACUUAUCCAGACAUUUUCUUGGCCCGAGAAGGCAGCUUUUGUUGCUGCCGAUGUCCUUGACUGGGAGCAGAUGAAAACGCUCUUCCACGAGACCGUCCGCAUUCUCGGAGAGGUCAACAUUGUCAUCGCCAACGCGGGGGUAAUGGAGUCACAUCCAGUACUGGAUCUCGACAAUAUUGACGAGAAUGGCGAUCUCAGAGAGUCCACUGAAGGCUUUCGAGUGAUUGAUAUCAAUCUGAAAGGAACCCUGAACACUCUCAGACUAGCGAUGCACCACAUGAGGAACAAACAUCACCCAUCUGGAUCUAUUGUGCUUCUAGCAUCUACCUCUGGGUAUUUUGGAGGCACUGGCGUAGCGGCAUAUGUCGCUUCUAAACAUGGAAUCGUGGGAUUGCUUCGUGCCUCUCAGACCACUGCGCAGCAGUACGGCAUCCGCAUAAACGCCGUUGCUCCAUUUUUCACCCCAACACGAAUCACAGCCGGAUUCACAGAGCAAUGGCUCGAAGCAGGUCUGGAAGCUAACACACCCCAGCGUGUGGCAGACGUGAUUGGGCAGGUUGCAAUGGAUUCAAGUCGAAAAGGGUCCUGUGUUCUAGUUGCCGGGAAUUAUCUUCGUGAGAUGGAAUCCACCAGGACAAGAAUGCUCGCGCCAUGGCUUGGGGAGGAUGUUGCGAAUUUUAUGACCACCGCGAUGCAAUUUUUCCAAGACAUAGGGGGAUAUGUGCUCCCCAAGUAUCAUUAG